AUGGCGCCUGUGAAGAGGACUCACGAUGUCAUCUCCAUCCCUUCAGAUUCUGGUGAGGACGACUUGGUACAACUCGCACGACCACACAAGAAGACACGCAUGGACAAGUUGAAUUGGGGUCCAGCUUUCGAAAUGGACGACUACAUGGCUCGGAACAAUCUACAUGCUGAGCGGAUGCGCAACGGUUCCAUCAACGACGACCGCAAUGCUGCUAACCAGGCCGCGCCAGGCGCACUUGCACCUGUUCCUCCAACAGCCCACGAUCACUUUGUGCUUGGCCUGCCUCACCAGUACCGUCCCUUUGCUAAACAGGAGGCUCUCAAUCUUCAGGACGAUUCGAUCGUCAUCACUGACACAGCGCCUACCCCUGAACGUAGCAAGCUGGACCAAAUCCUUGAUGUUGUCCCCGAUGUCUCACACGAUCAUGCCACGCAACUGCUUGAAACACAUCAUGGCGACCUUGAGAAAAUUCUGGACAUGUUGCUCGAGGGCAAGUAUCCCAAGGAGAGUGAGAAACGAGCCGCCGAACAAGCCGCCAAAGAGGCGGCCCUGAAGGAGCAGAAAGCCGCCGAGGAAGCGGAGAAGGAGAGCCUGCUCAAUCCCCAGUGCACUCUCUCGGGCAAGAUGAAGGAUGUCAUUAUUGAGUUACUCAAGGAUGAGUUCAACACGAUCCCUGUCAAGUACAUCAGGGAGGUCCAGAAGGACAAAAAGCAUCUCUACGCAACCUACCUGGCGCUCAAUGAGGCAAAGCAUACUGACCCUUGUCCAUACGGCAAGACGCCAUGGAGGCCAAACAGAGAUCCCGACUUCGACAUUCUUCAAGCCCUCAGACACGACUCGGCAAACAUACCACACGUCAAGCAACAGUUUGAGGCUGCCAGAAAAGCUGCUAUCGAGGCCAACUGUCAUCGCCGCAAGACCACAACCCAGAAGGUCAGAGCAGAAAUGGAGGCUGCUGAAAAGGCUGCGGAAGAGCUGAACGCCCUGGAAACUGCCAAAGCCACUGGUACCGUCGUCGAAUGUGCCGCCUGUUAUGAUGAGUACGCCCCUCACAAAGUCGUCGAAUGCGACUCUGCGGACAGGCAUAUUGUGUGUUUCGACUGCAUGAAGACUUAUCUUGGAUCCGAAGUCGGACAGGGCAGCUCUAAGCUGACUUGUCCCGGUGGUUGCGGAGACACCUUCCGCGAACCUCAACUUCGUCUGAUCCCAGAUGUCGACGCACUGACAGACAGACUCAUGCGCAUGCGUCAAGAGAACGAUCUUCGUACUGCCGGCAUUGAUGAUGUUGAGAGCUGCCCCUUUUGCGACUUCAAGUCAGUCUGUCUACCCAUCGACGUCGACUUCGAGUUUCAUUGUCAAUCUCCGACCUGCAAAGUCACCAGCUGUCGCAAAUGCAAGGAUAAGUCUCAUAUCCCCGAUUCCUGCGAGGAGAAUCAGCGUAAGCGAGACAAAGAGUCUGCUCUCAGCCAUCGUCACAGGAUCGAGGAAGCCAGAAGCAAGGCUCUCAUCCGCAAUUGCAACAAAUGUAAGCAGCCUUUCAUCAAAAGCGACGGCUGCAACAAGAUGACCUGCCCUCAAUGCGGCAACUUGCAGUGUUAUCUCUGCAGCGUUGACGUGACCGCCGACUACGCUCACUUCAAUGCUCCCCAUUCGAAAUGCCCUGUAUAUUCGGCGAACAUCAGCCUCGAAGACCAGCAUGCCCAAGAGGUCAAGGAAGCUGCUGAAACUGCCCAGGCGGAGGUCUUGCGCGAGCACCCCGAGCUUGACCAGGAGGAUCUCGACAUCAGAUUUUUUGACACUGCCGUCGAAGCUAAG